UCGUACGCCGAACGCGAUAUUUGAAUUUAAACAUCGAUUUAUUUAUUUAGUGUUCUAGUGUAAUAAAAUACUUGCGUAUAUUUUCGCGUGUAGCAACAUUUUUAUAGUCAAUGGAAUACGUGUUUCCAAAGUACGAGUAACCGGUAAAUAAAGUCAUGUACUGUCGUAUCUCAGUGACGAGCAGUGAUUUCCUAUAAUUAUAAUUAAAAUAUUUAUAAUUUAAUAGUAGUUAUAACGUGUUUGUGUGUUGGCUGGUGGUAAAUACUGGGACAUUAAAAAGAAAAAAGAACCAUGGCGAGAAUAAGCUUACUCCUGGUAGUGGCAUGCCAGCUAAUCACCAUCCCAUCCAUCAGAACUGAUGAUGACAACCCGUUCUUGGACCUUGCAUCAUCAUUCCUGCAGAACAUGGGCGAUGGUGGAAACAACAUGAAUGGAUUAGCAGCUAUAGGAAGCAUCGUUGGAAACCUGAUGCAGGGUGAUAAUGCCAAAAACUUGGGAGCCAUGUUUGGUCAGGCUGAUAAUGGCAAUGCUGGUGAUAUGUUAUCAGGUCUUGGCAGCCUACUAGGUGGUCAGGAUGGCAAGAUAGAUCCAGCACUAGUAGGAUCUAUGAUAUCCAUGUUCGCCCAACAGAUGGGCACAACAGAAUCCUCAAAACCAGCCAGACAGAAGCGACAGAACAAAGAACCAGGAGAGCUCAACUUGGAAAGCAUGAUGACCUUGGCAUCUGGUCUUUUGGGCAACAAGAACGCUGGAGGAUUCAUGCCCUUAAUUAUGAACGCUUUAAGUUCAUUUUCGGAUAGCGAGACUCAGAAACGUGCUGAUGAGCAUAAAGACCAUGCUUCCUUCUUGCCUCCAAUUUUGGAGAAGGCUCAUUUGUACUGGGAUAUCUUUAUCAACUCGGAGUUGGGUAAGACUAUUUGGGAGAAGUCUGGUUUGAAGCGAGGAUUGAAAGCCUUCACGGGACCCGAUGGGAAGAUCAGCUUCGAACAGAUGUUCAAGAACUUUGAGAAUCAUUCGUUCAGGAGACACUGGAUUAAGGCUGCUGCCAAGUAUCUCACUGAUAUGGUGGUCCACGUCGCUAAACCUGAAGUUUACAGCAGGUACCUUAUAUCAGCUCAAUACAUCACGAACAGCUUCCUAGACUCCCAAGGUCUUCCCAAGAGCACCCAUUUCAACGUGAAGAAACCAGAACAGUCUCUGACCACACUUCUGAACUACGUGCUGAAGAAAUACCUGGACGUGGACACCGAUGUCGGAGAGUAUGUGGUUCCAGCUGUGGAGUACGUCAAGCAAACCCUAAAAAUGGCUGAAGCGACCACAAAGACCAUGUCUACGAGAGGCGAUUACAACGCCAUCGCUGACCGUCUGACUGACACACUAAACUUGGAGGUGAUUGAACCAGUGCUGAGGGUGUACAGGGCGUACCAGCAUUCAGUGAAGGCUCCUCACUGCCAGGAACAUCUCAUGUGCCUUGUCAACAGACAUCACGAUCAGGAUAAGAAAGGUCUGCCAGGCUUCAAGGCUGGUCUCACGAAGCUUAGCAGUUUAGCAGCUUCUGCGGCGCUCAGCUUCCAAAAUGGAAAAGGAUUCUUCGAUUUGUACAACGCUAUUCAGAACGAUGUGAAUUGUGAUGCGGCGUAUCCAGCAGAUUGCUCAGCAUUCCACGAACACGAGCUCAAAGUUACAACUGAAGUGUACCAUAGCGAAUUAUAAGUAACUUAACUAUAAGUAGAC